AGAAUGAAAGUGUCCGAAGUGCAUUUGGCAGAGGUGUAGGUUUUUACAUUGGAGAACCUUGUGAGAGCACAUGUAAUAGUAUCCUUUUCCAUGUUUACUGUAACCGGACAACCGGACGCUGUGAAUGCCAUGACCAUUAUCCUGUAAACAUAGAGAACAAAGUCUGCGUCAAAGCUGCCAGAUUAGGCGAUAGCUGUGAGUACGAUGACGCGUGUGCCUUCUAUGACGAAAAUGCUGUAUGUCCGAGCGGAACUUGUACGUGCGCUGAUGGCUUCGCACCUGCGCAGCAUCAGAAAGGGGCAUCCCUUUGUCUGCCGGGUAAGAUAUUAUCUGGGACGGUGACCUUCCUAGAAAACAAUUAUUUGAUGACCACGGUGAGUGCAGUGGCAGGCAUGGUUAUCUUUACUGCCCUGCUGUGCCUUGUGCUCAGGUUAUUUAGCAAGGCUCGGUUCAACCGUCCGGCAGAUCGCAUGGCGAGUGCUGGCUCCCCUCCCACUAUGAUGUCUGCGUUCACUGGUAGCCAUGUCCUGGACUCCAGGCGGCCAUCCAGAAGUAGCGGAGGCAGCACGGAUUACCUUCCUGUCUCAAGGAGGGCAAGUUAUAGCAUGCUUGCUCCUCCUUCUAGUUUAGGUUCGCGACGCCCAAGUUCAACGUCCGUGCGUUCUCAGCUGUCUUUUCGCACCCAGUCCUCCUUUAGGGGGUAUCGCUAUUCCCGAGAGCCAGUUCGAAGGACACUUUCAUCUCCUGCGGAUUCUUCGCAAAACUUCCCACCUAGCCCAUGCAAGGUGCCCAGUCACCAACAACUACAGCAUCAUCAUCAUCAUCACAAUCAUCAUCCGUUGCAUCACAACAGUCCGGUAGACGAGGAUGACAUCAUGGAUGAUUCUCCUGUUCCCACUGUGAAUGUGAAUCAUCUGAGUAAUCACAUUUAGAAAUUAUAUUCCAAGACUUAAAUUGCAUCAAACACUAUUUUACUUAAAAUACAAAGGCAAAUACAACAUGAAGUAUCUUCGCUAAACAUGCCUAAAAUUAUCAAAUGUGGAACGUAUGAAUUUAUCAUUUGGAGCUGCUUCUUUGAAGAUUGAAAAGUCUCAGUGUUGAAAACAAAUUAAUUUUUUAAAUGAUUAAAAUUCUUUAAACAUUUUUCAGAACUUUUUGUAUGCAAAUUUAUAAUUUUUUAAUGUGUUAUUUAAAGGGGUGUGAUGUGUAGAUUAUCUAUACUUAUAUUAGUAAACAGAAGACUGUUAA